AUGAAAAAGCUUCUAGCGAAGAACUUUUUUAGUCGCGAGCCUCUAAAUUAUGAAACAUUGACUCGAAGAUGUACCGAAUUUCAUGCUCGAGCUGAGCCAUCGCUGCAAGCGAUAAUGGAUUAUAUUAACGCAAACCGAAAGCUCCAAACAAGAACCAGGCAGACUGACCAAAGAGCUCAUUUUUCUAGUAUAAUCAAAGAUCCCGAAUCUCUUGGCAUAAAACUUGGGGUCUCGAAAGCAGCAUUGGAGCAAGAAUUAUGGGUGUUCAUGAAGAGGUACUGGCUGCAUUGCAUCAGCGACGAAGCCGUGGUCAAAAUGUACUUACUCGAAUCCCAUAGUGCAAACAUAAACCAGGAGUUUCAACUAGUUGUGCAAAAUUAUAGGCAUAGGUUGGCCUUGAAAUUGAAGGAACAAGAUGAUCUAAGUUCCUCAGUGGUGAGUUCAUAUACACGAGUGCUUCUAAAACGGGAUGAUUUUGCCAAUUGUUUCAAACUACUUGAUGUGACAUACAGUCAUCCAAAGCUGUUGGCUCUCAAGAAAGCCCAUGUUUGGCUGCUGGCAGCCAAGAUGUCUCUCGGAUCCAUUGGCUUUGCCAGCUUGGGCUGGGGGUGCAUCGCACUAUUGAGUUCAAACUUGAGCAUACCGGGUAUUCUUGUUGGGUUUUGCCUGUCCGCUAUUACUUCGUGUUUGACAAUCAUAGGGCUCAAAACUAGAUGUUUGCACGAUUUAGAUCGCGUGUCUUGGAGACCAUAUGUUCUGUUAGGAUAUCGUUACUUGUAUCGAGAGGCAAGCGCUAUAAUUAAUCAAAUCGUCAACUAUUACGAAGAGCACAAUGAUUUGAAUACAAAAAUUUAUCAUUUGCGACAAGAGUAUCAAACAUCGCCCAACAAAAUGAAUGGAGAGCUCGAAAUCCUCCAGCCGAUUGAUGAUUUACAGAACACAGGGUAUUCUCAUGCGGAAAAUGAAGCUCUCUUGAAUAGCGCUCUCAUAAGAUCAGAAUUGGCCAAGAGAAAAUUGAUGUGGAAUAGUUUGAAGGAAGAAAAGAAAUUUUUAGAAUUUUGGAUGAAUCAUGGAGAAAAUUUUGAAUGGGUUGAACCAGAUCAAGAUCCUGGAGAAAUAAUUCAGCGGAUGCAUGAUACAAACAAUGGUAACCACGUUUAA